CAGUGAGAGAGAGAUAGUGUCAAAAAAGGCAAACAAAAAAAACGAAAGCAUUUAAAAGGAAUCCCAAAUUAAACGUCCCAGUACCACUUCCCGUUAGUAGUCAUCACUCUUGGAGUCAUUUUGUUGUCUCUUAUUUUCCCGCUUCUACAUCCCAUUCUUGAACUAAACCCUAAUUCCUAAAUCAAUUUCUAUAAUUUCUACAAAUAUCUACUAAUGGAUCUCCAUCUUUCCUUUAUUUGAUCUCUCUUUAUUGUUACACACUCUUGAGUGUAAUAGUUUCGGUGGAUGAUGAAGAUGUCUGGCGUGAGUAUAGUCUAUGACGAGUUGAAUUUGGGAUCUCCUGAUGGUGUUUCCAUCCCUUCCAAUUCGUCGUUGUCAAGUAGUAGCUGUGAUACUGGUACACCGAGAUCUUCUCCAUUGCAAGGGAGAACAAGAGGCCCUACAAGACGUUCAUCAAAGGGUGGGUGGACUGAGGAAGAGGACAAUCUUCUCACAGAUGCUGUAAAGAAAUUCAAUGGGAAGAGUUGGAAACUAAUAGCGGAGAAUCUUCCUGGAAGGACAGAUGUGCAAUGCCUACAUCGGUGGCAAAAAGUUCUUAAUCCUGAUUUGGUUAAAGGAUCUUGGACAAAGGAGGAGGAUGAUUGUAUCAUUGAGAUGGUUCACCAGCAUGGCUGCAGGAGCUGGUCUGUCAUUGCAAAGCAUUUGCCUGGUCGGAUAGGCAAGCAAUGCCGUGAGAGGUGGUACAAUCAUCUGGACCCUGCAAUAAAGAGAGACGCUUGGACUGAAGAGGAAGAAUCUGUUCUUUCUUACUACCAUCAGAUUUACGGCAACAGAUGGGCAGAGAUAGCAACAUUUCUUCCAGGAAGGACAGACAAUGCUAUAAAAAAUCACUGGAAUUGCUCUUUAAAGAAUAAGUUAGCUGCAUGUUCGCUGAAAGGUUCUGCUCGGAGCAUUCAUAAAACUACUAAUGUUAAAAAGGCCUCCACUUGUGGGAUAGAAAAAUUAGACCUCCCCAGAGUCGACGUAGCUGCAUUAUGUCAUGAAGAUAGAUGCUCUGCAUUGCCAAAUGGAAGUCAAACUUGCUCUACUGUUUUAUCUCUUGGAACUUCUCCCUCAGAAGCUGACCUAUCAGAAACUAAACUUAAUCAAUUUAGGAUGUGUAAUGAAAUAAAUGAUUCCUGUGGUGGAGCAAAUCUUCAACUAUCAGGUACAGCUAAAAUUUCUUCUUGGAAAUUUUCAACUACAAACUACAAGGCUCAGCCUCCAAGCAUGUUAAAGCUAGAAUCUCCCAAAAGACCAAGGAACGAUGGCAUUAAUGCUGAUAAGCUGUUCAAAAAUCUAGACAAGUCCUUCCUGAGUUUAGCAAUGUCUGGUAUGAGUGAGUGUGAAACUCCAGGUAAGAAGAGCAAAGUAAACUGUAUUUCUACAACUUCGGAAGAUACAAAAUACACUAAUCUGUGUUAUGAGUCGCCUGGAUUAAGGAUUGUAGAGACUGGUCAAGAACUUGACUAUGCAGAGAACAAUAAUGCACAAACUGAUAGACCAUUGUGUUUUACGACACCAACUAGACAGGUUACUCCUCCUACUGGUAGUGGCAGUCCAGAAUCUAUGCUAAGGAACUGCGCUAAGAGUUUUACCACCCCAUCUAUUAUAAGGAGGAGAAGUUCAGGAAAAUCGAGUUGUUCUGUUGGGAAAGGGAUGAAAAGCCGAGAUGUCAGUAAUGAUAUUUCCCCCGUCUAUAAGUCUGUUGAGAGAUGCCUUGAACAUUCAUUUGCCAUGGAAGCAGAUCUUGGUGAACCAAAAUGUGGCACUUCUGUUCACCAUUAGGGUGAUGUCGGCUUGAAGACAAUGUAAAUAUCUUUACAUUCACAUACUGGAUUUGCUCAGUAAUGCUUAUAGAUUGCCCUUGUGGAUUUUACUGGAUAGACUUGCUUUGGAUUGAUUCAUCGUACCCAGAAAUGAUAAAAUCUUUGUAUUUUGCAUAUUUAAGCUGUUCGUUGUGUGGCUGUCGGAGAAGUUAGCAACAAGAAAUUGAGAGUCAAAGAGCACCUAUAAAGAUCAAAGGAAAUGUGCAUUUUGAAAUGUAAUGCUAUGAAGGAAAUCAAAGGUUUCCUUGUACCGGUAAUUUCUUUGAUAAAAACUUGUGGAUUACAUUCUUAUAAGAUGUAGAAUAUACCUUCCAAUGUGAUUUUGGGUUUGCAUGGAAGAAAUAAGUCCAAAAUCAUGAUAGAAAUACAAGUUGAACCACAUUCUUUCUUGAUUUAACAUUUAUUUUGUGUAGCCUGCUUACCCAGAAUUUCUGCUUUGCGCCUUUGAUUUUUAUUUAGUGUUCUACUGUGUUCUUGUGACGACCAAGUUAGGCCAAGUCAUGGAAUUAUUUACGUGUUAAGCCACGUCAACGAUAUUUAGGUCACUAACAACUAAAAACAUGUAAGAAAAAAAUUAACUUUAAAGUUUGUCCCGGUAGAUGUAAUUGUGAAGUUUGACCUGAUUAGCUAAUUUUGGGCAAAGUUCAACCUACUAGAUGCAAUUUGCCAAAAAUUUUAAUGCUAAUUUGGUUUCUGUUUUUAUCAAUUUCUAUUUCAAUUUUUUCCCCUUAUUUCGAAUUCAGUUUGAUUUUUAAUUUAAUUUUCUUCUAAAUUAUUUAUCUUAUUCUUGUGUUUCUUUACAAAUUUUUAGAAUUCCUCUGAAGUUAUCUUACAGCCUUGCCUAAACAUAAUACUUCUUCAUACCAGUACUACUAGUAGUUAGUACUCAUUUUUAUACUGAGCAAAUCUGCGAGCUCUGCUAUGUGCCAAAUCCAAUUUAUAGUUUUGUCAGAGGAGCCCACAUAUUCAUUAUUAAUUAUGAAUAAGGAAAAAACUUUUCCCACCGGCUUUUAAAGGUUUUUCCAAUUUAGUAAUCUAGAAUAUCAGGUUAGCAUCUUCUCAACCAGAUUUUUCAUUAGCUUCUUCCUUCAACCUCUGAUAGACCCCCAUCAACUGCAGUGUGCUUCUCAUCAGCUGGCCCACUAUUCAAGCUUCUUGAGAAUUAAUAGUGGAUUGAUUUUUUUUCCAAAUAUAAUGCUACAAAAAGCUCAUGCUCUCGAUCAGAUAUUUUGAAGUGCAUUCACUACAAGAGGAUUGAUUUUUCAUCAAAUUCCGCCGUUAUCACUCCUCCAAGUUCUUCACCAUCGCGAAAUUAGCACUAACCAAUCGCUUUUAAAGAUUGAAGAAUAUCAAGAAAACUCAAGCAACCAGGAGCAACACGCGUACAAUGAACAUUCAAAUUCAAUUUCGUAAAAUUAGGGCUCCAAUUUCCAAAAGUUAGAAUUUUUUUUAAAUUCUCAAUUCUACUCCAAUUUUUAAUCAAUUCUUCUCUAUAAAAAUCUAAAUAAGAUUAAGGAUUUGGGUAUGAACCCAUCUCUGAAAUCGAAUGUCUCCGUCUUUCCACCAUCUCCGGGAGCUCAUUUUGCUAGUUCUAAAGAUGAGGCAACUGUGAAGUUCCAGAGUUUAUAAAAGCUUUCGUACUAGAAGGAAACUAGCUGAUUGUGCUAUAUCCAUUACUCCAUUUUCAUAUAUUUGAGCAGCCAUUAAAAAAUUUAUAAAAGUUUAUAAAAGCUUGGUAUUCCUUCCAUUUUUAUUUAUUUGAGCAGAUUUUAAUUAUAAAGAAACUCCCAUUUAUUUACUCUAUAUUACUAUACCCAUUACUCCUUUUCUUUGAAAUCUAAAUUUUACCAAUAUAUAGAUUUUUUAGGCCAAGAUAAUGCCUUUCUAGCAAAGAAAAUGAAAAAGUCAUUGAUGAGGAAGAAGAAACAUGUUUUUGGUGAAGAAAACACUUUUUCAACCGAUUAAAGGUAAAAAGAACCUUUAGAAGCGGAUGCAUCUUAAAGUUUGAACCUCUAAAAAAUAAAAAAAAAGUUCAAACUUUAAAAAACGGAUGAGUUAAAAUUCGUAUCUUUUAAAUUAAAUUUUCCAUAAAUAACUGCUCACGUACAAAUUGGACAUUCUCAGCCACAGGAUCACAUCCCACCAACUAUCGUUCACUAUAGGAGUACAUUACUCUAAAUAUAAAACUACAUAAUAACAUAAAUAUAAAUAAAUUAUGAGAGGAAAAACAAUAAAUUUACUUCACUUUGCAAGUAAAAGAAGCAACCUUAAUAUGAAUAAAUGUAAUUUGGGCUUAUUCUCUGAUUUUUUUUUUUUUUUACUGUUUUUUAUUCGAGAUAGCUAAGUUAGAGAAUUUUACAGGUAGAAGAUCGAGAUAAUCUCAUGUACUUGUAUAGAAAUGAAAUCCUAAUACAAUGAUGAAAGGUGAAGCAUCAAACACUAGGAGAAUUUAAAAUUCACCAAACGAUUUGUUUAACUCUACAACUAAUUGCAUGCUAGUAUUUUUACAUUAGCAGGCAUUCAAAAUGAUUUUGGUAUAAUAAGCACAUAUAUUAAAUUGGGAAAUUAAGAUGUAAAUAAUUUUCUUUUGUAUUUUGCUGGCUAACAUAACAUAUCAGAAAUUUUCUAUUCGUUUAAUUAAAAGAAUCAUAAAAAUUGAAUCUGGUUAGACUCGAUUUGGACAUGAUUAUAGGUGUUCAUUCUGGUCACCGAGUCAAUUUAUAGUCAGUUUUUCAAGUCGUUUUAAAAUUAAAUCUUGUGUUCAUAUCAGUUUACAUGAUCGCAAAACCAAUUCUAAAUUUGAAUCAAAUCAAGUACAAUUAUAAAAUUAGAUAAAUAUCAAAUUAUUAGAUCUAUUUUAAACACGUCACGAUCUCACCUAUUAGUUACAAUCCCGAGC